AAUUAUUUAGAAAAUCUCAUACUAAUCUUGAAUCGAAUCAAUCAACAGUUUCAUCUGAUUAUCAUUUAGAUCAAUUGAUUUUUCUUCAUACACGUGAAGUAAAUCCUUUAACAGCAACUCUUGUUACUGGCGGUAGUAUGGGUUGGAUUUGGUGGUGGUCUAUUCAUGUAAUUGGAAAUUUAAUUGCCGUUUUUAAUGGAGCAAGAAAACCUCAAGAACAUAUUUUAGCAAUGUGUGUUGAUGAAAAAUGUAAUAUUUUAUUUACAUCGGAUACAGCUGGAUAUGUUGCAUUAUGGUUUAUUGGUGAUUAUGCUUGUAAACAACCGGAUUCAAAAGAAAAACAAAUGAAAUUAAUAGAAGAAAAAAAUCGAAUAUUAACUAAAUUUUCUUCUAAUUUACAUACAACUACUCACGAAAUACAAGAAAUGAGAAAUCAAGCUGAACACAAACUACGAGAUCAUUUAGGAACACCAUCAAUAACUAUAGAUCAAGAUCGAGCAACAUUUUUAACGAAUACUGUUAUUUAUCCUCAUUUAUUAAUUACAUAUCGUGCACAUCUUCGACCAAUAACAUCAAUAGUUUAUGCGAAUGAUCGUGAAAUUGUUAUAACAAGUUCAAUUGAUUGUACAAUACGAUUAUUUACUCUUACUGGACGAUAUAUUGGUUUUAUGGGUCAAUCAGUUUCAUGGGGAUUAUUAAGUUCAACGAUAAUAUUAAAGGAUUUACCAAAACGCAUUCCUGAAGAUAUACGUCGAAAAGGUUCAGCAACAACACUAGAAGUACUUCGUGGUGAUAUUGGAAAACGAUGGAAAUUAUUAAAACAUACAAUUGUUGCAUGGACUUCAUUACCUAUAUUUCAAUACUUUUAUCAUAAGAAAGAUGUUGAAAUUCAACAAUCAUCUGAUGUUAUUCAAGAACAAUCAAAUAUUCAUAAUGAAAUGAAUGGUUUAGUAAUAAAUCAUUCACAAAAAUUAGAUACUGAAGUUAAACACGAAUGGAUACAACGUCGUGAACGUCUUUAUCAUAAGAUUGGAUUAGAUCGUGUAGAUUUUGUAUCGAUUACUAAAGCGCCAUCGACUGAAUCAUUACUUAGAACUCAACGAGAUAAUUUUGGUAUUAAAAUGCCUGUACUUGGUCGAUUUGUUCGAAAAUAUAUGCAACAUAGACCAAAAUCUGACUUCGAACAUAUAAAAAUUCAUGGUGGAAAAGCAAUUAUUUAUUCUCUAUUACCAUUAGCAUCAUCACCUCAUAAUAUUCCAGAAAUCAUAUUGAAUUCUGAUGAAAUUCAAAAUGAUAUUUUCUCAGAAUAUAUUGAUACAAAAUUGAAAGAGAAAGAAAGAUUAUCAUCUCUAAAAUUGAAUGGAAAUUCAAUUAUUCCUUCUAGUGAAUUAUUUAUAAAAGAAGAUAAAUUACCUGGAAUAAAAAAAAGGCAAAAUCGUCAAAUAUGUUAA